AUGUUUCUAGGCCUCGGACGUACCGCAAACCUUAGUGCACCGAGAAGUGCCACUGAGCCUCGACAUGGCCGAAAACCAAGUAUGACAUUACCAAGUAGUGUCGUCAAGCCAGAGCGUUACCCAAAACCAAUUGUGAGUGUGCCGAGUAGUACUUCUGUCCCAAAAUCUGACAGGAAAUCAAAGCCAACUGGGCCUCUAGAUUACCGCAAAGCAAGUUUGAGUGUGGCUAGCAGUGAUAUUGAGCCUCGAUGCGACCGGAAACAAAGUGCAAGCACAUCAGAGAGUACCGCUGAACGAAAACGUGAGCGAGAUGAUGAAAGACAGUAUGAAAAUAUCGGAAUCUUCUUGAUGACAAAACCUGUUCUAAGUGAUGAACCUGAGGUGAAAGAGAACAUUGCAUACAGAUGCGUUGAGAUCCCAAGUUCCGAGUAUGCUGUACCACAGAUUCGACCACAGCAGCGUCUCCAGAGGGCAAGGCACGCUCCUCCACGUCCCAGUGAAGUACAGGCUGUUGAGGCUUACGCUAAAAGCACUCUUUAAACAGCUACAAAAGACCUAUCAGGAUACAAUGUUUUCCUUUUGUUCACUAAUUUUAAUGUUAACUUUUGGUGUUUUUGAGUCUCCUUUUGCACACGGAACAUGUAGUUUUGUUGUGGAUAUUAUACACAAGAACAAUAAUCUAAGAUCUACCCGC